CCAUUCUCUACAUUUCUCGCCUUCUGGAAUCGGUGUACAUUAGCACCACCAUAUCCAUUCCGGAGACAUCCAGACUCCACUGACUUCCAUUUCCACAUGCGACUCGCUCUGGCCAACUCAUUGACCUACCCAUCCCCGGCCUCCAGUUCCAAUCCGCCUCUAUAUCCGUCUCGCUUAUUGUUCUUCACAGCUUGACGUGUUCCUUUCUGCCGCGUAUAUAUUACCUCAGUCUGCCCGGAUCUCGAUCUCUGCGAUUAUCCACUACCACAACUAUUUCAUAAAUUCAUCUCCUGAACUUGGUCUGCACAAUGUCGGACGGAGAGGACGAACAUGAAUCCAGGGAGGAACAGGAGGAGCAUCUUGAACGCUGGGCCCCUCGUGGCCAGUUUCCCUCUGCCUCUGCUAUGGCUGACUUCCCAACGCAUGCGCAGCUCAAUGCGGUGGCAGAACCAGAAGGUUCUGUUGUUGCAUCUCCUUACGAACCGACAGGCUGGUGGGGCUCGCGCGAUGCUGCGAGGCCGUGGCGAGAGAAAGCAGAGCUAAAGAGGAGGGCUAGUGUGCCGCCUGAGCAGUCAGAACGAUGGACACGGGUCAAGAAGAGAGUGUCCUAUGCGAUCAGGAGCACACUUGGAUAUAGUGUAGAGGCAACUCAUGAUUUGCUAGAAAUAAGCGCCGAUGUCCUCCGUUUCGCGCCUAUUCCUGGCCUAGAGGAGGCGGCUCGUGUAUUGUUGACCAUUUGGGAUGCUCUGCAGCUCGUGGAGACAAAUAGGCUUGCCUGCUUGCGGCUUACAGAACGAUGCGCUGACAUCCUGUUGUCUAUUCGUGAGGAGAUAUACGAAGCUGGUGAUCAAGUGGGCGAAGAGUUGAUGAUCCCAAUGCAGAAACUCGUCGAGUCAUUCAAAUCUGUGCAUAUUCUGCUCCAAAAGCAGGUUCAUAGGCCUUUCCUCAAACGGUAUUUGAAGCGAGACGAUAUUUUACGCAGCAUCAACGGCUGCGACGCUGCAUUAAGUGAUGCUCUUAGUCUGUUUUCAGUGUCUAUUCAAAUACGGACACUGCGCCAGUUGCAAGCGGCGGAAGCACAACGAAAGGCUGAUACCGAGAGGCUCAUUGCGUCGCUUACGCCGCCGCCAUCGAAAGUUGAUCCUGACACGACGCCAAAGCAGAAGCCCGUUGACCUCCCUCAAGAACCACCACCACCUCCAUACAUUACCACAAGCUCAAAAGGUACAGAAACUUCCGAAGAUACUUCCGAGUCGAAGACGUCCUCUACUACCAGUUCCAGUGCUGCAGCAUCCGAAGGCGCCCAGUCACCUCCACCAACUCCUGACUCGCAAGUCCUAAAGAUAGACGCGUCGCAGGUCACGCUCCACGCGCCACCCAGUCCCGAAGAGAUCCGCAAACAAUUAGGCGAGAUUGUAACGGAGCAGAACGCACAGGACCACGCGCUCGAUCUGGCGGACCUACGUGCACUCAUGCGUGACGCACUUGCUACAUCGAGUGACGUGGAAAUGCUACGUGUGUUGCAGAUUAAUCGUGAUGACAUUGCUGAAGCAAUGAAGACACUUCAGCGAGCUCUUGAGCAGGAGCGGGAGAAGGAGGAGGAAGUCGAGUCUAGGGAGAGUGUAGAAGCGGAAACAGCGGAAGAACCUCCGGAAGCCAACGCGGACACUGGAGGUAGACCCGGCUCCGGUGCACUCGGCCUUACGGGGUUACGGAGACGUUUAACUAUGGACAGUGUCACCACAAGGGCAAGCAAGAAGAGCAAAGGCUCAAAGCGGGAUGCGAAAGGAAGCAGACGAUCAGCUAGGGCCGACAGGGACACGCUUGAUCGUGAAUUCAUAGAAACUGGACUCGAUGCAUUACGUCGGCUUAGUCGCGGACAGGAUAUCAAUAUUCCUAAUUGGACAAUUACUCGUUAUGAAGUCGAUAUGGAAGCAAAGAUCGGUAUUGGCUACUUUUCAGAUGUAUACCGCGCUCGUUGGAGGAACCAGACAGUUGCGGUGAAGGUGCUCACACUGGCGACACCACAGAGGUUGUUCAUCCACGAGAUGAUUGUCUGGAAGAACCUCAAGCAUCAAAACGUGCUUCCUCUACUCGGUGCGAGCUCCGCAACAGGUGACCCGCCAUGGUUUCUUGUUAGCCCGUUCAUGAAAAAUGGAAAUCUCGUCGACUAUAUGCGCUCUUCUAAGAAGCUGAUAGAUAGUGUAUUUGAGCGGAGAGCGGUAUACGAGAUUGCAAAGGGCAUGGCGUAUCUUCAUCGACGAGGAGUGAUGCAUGGGGACCUAAAGGGAACGAAUGUCCUCAUUGACGACAAUGGGCAUUGCGUCUUGACAGAUUUCGGCCAGAGCGAGAUGAAGAGUGAGGCCUUUCGUUUGAGCGGGAAUCAUCCUCCACGUGGGACUCUGCGUUGGCGGGCACCGGAGAUAGUUGACGGAACUUCGUCUGGCAAGCUCACAUAUCAAGUUGAUGUAUAUGCAUUUGCAAUUGUCUGUGUCGAGGUCUUCGGCCAUGGUGCUUUGCCGUGGGGUGUGGUAGACGAUGAUACAUAUAGACAUCUUGUGAUCGAAGAGAACAAGCGACCACCUAUCACAUCUACCAACGCAUCUAAGAGCAUUCUAGCCAUUAUUGAUAUGUGCUGGCAGCGGGACCCAUCUAGUAGACCAACAUUCCAAAAGGUCGUUCGCGAACUUAAGAAGCUAGGUCUAAGCAAAUACUCAGAUUCACCGGCUAUGGGAGGGAAAGCCAAGCUAAUCGAAGAUGACUCCAGGCGGAAACAGUCCCCUGAUAUGAGACCGGUGGCAUUGCCAGACAUGGACGACGACCCUCCAGUAGAAGGAAGUGGUUCUGCUCGCUCCAGUCCAGGGCCUUCGACCUUGACUAACGGGGCUCAUACACUUUCUCCUCAAGCAAUCCCAAUACAACGGAUAAUUACCCCUAUCCGUGAAGAGGACAAGGGGUUUGACAGCAAAGGCGCUUCUCCGGUCGAGUAUAGACCAAUCAGGCUACCAGAGAGCGGGCCGCCUUCAUCAGAGGGAUUACCUGAGAGGGAGAUGCGUCCGCGGAGCAAAUCGGAGAGCGCAGCCGCCAUUCAUGAUGAGUCGACAUCCUCGUCGCGAACUACGUCGACGAACACAGCUACGGAUCAUUCUGCCGAUGGUCCUGGAAUAGAAUUAGAGCGUGUCGAGUCACCACCGCCUGCAGAUGAAGGCAUUGCACAACGCAAGAAUGAGAGUAGGUACAGGCUCUGUCUGCAACACAAAUUCCAUCCAUCUUUGAUUUUAGCAUUGUGGGAGCCUGCUCCUGUGGAACUGGGCGCUGUGGGUUAUUUAAAGCGUCCGCAAGGGAAAUUCGUUACGCUUUUCAACGCCUUUGACCCACCGAGAACGUCAGGUGGGCGAGCGGACGGCAUGUCCAACCUUUAUGGUUACGGAAAGGUAGAGAAAGGAAGUCAACGUCAGGACAGGCGGAACAUGGCCCAACGUGGUUUAGAUAUCAUACAGGGUUUGCUGUGGUUCCGCAGCCGAACGUCGGGAGAUUAUCAACGAAACGUUAGCCGCCGAGUUUCCUUUCCCAUCCGCGCUGGUCACAAGAGCGCAUACAUAUACGCUGAACAAACAAUGUAUCGGUACAUCGCUGAUUUGACCGCUCCGAAGGUUUGGUUUGAGGCGAAUGUGGAUCGGAUCCUGUCGUUGUAUGCUACGGAUCAUCGCCUCCAGAAAGAGGAUGUAUUCUUAGUCAUUGGAACAUUGGAUACCCCUGACUAUGGACUAUUUGUAAAUCAUAAUAAUCCGGACGGCCAAGUUCACUUCAACGUCUUCGCUUCACCACGAAAUGGUCAGAAGUGGGGCGCGUUCUCUAUAGACCUCGAUUCGUUGCCGUCAGACUUGGCGGGUGGUCCGUCGUAUCAUGAAGAAGUCCCAGGGAAACAUGCCUCAGCUAAUAAGGUGUCGGAGGUUUCGGCGGGGCAACAAUGGGAUACGGUACUCCUUGCUCGUCUACGCUUCCGACCUGACGAAGACCACCCUACUGCUGUGUAAUAUUUAUGUGCUCGACAACUGGACCCUCUUUUCUUCUUUUUCUUUCUGUAUCUUUCUUUUCCCCAAAUCAAGGAUUAUAAUCUCGCACUCAAUCAAAUAAAUGAAUCAACGUCAUUUUUCGAGCAAGCACCACUUCGUUUGUUAUUGUUACUUGUCAUACAAAUGUCCUCUUUUG